CUCUCUCUCUCUCAGUUUCUGUCAAGCUCGUUCAGGAAGCGUGCUGGUGCUUCUGCUUUUUCUGCUCUCUCUGUGGUUUCCUUUUCACAGCCUUCUAUCUCUACCCUCACAGCGUUAAACAGUUUUCAACCAGACAGACACGAGAACAGUCCGACACACCAGGACAUCUUGUGACUGCAGUCUGAGGAGGACGAUCGACACGAAGAGCGACGCUCCAGUCUCUGAUACUAAGCAGAAGAUGAGCAGAGCGAGGCCCAGCGCUUAGACGGAGCGUUCUUAUUACACUUAUAAAUCACAUCGCCCGAAGCGCCGCUAUUGUUUUUUUUUUUUUUUUCUGAGUGAAUGUUAGCGUUGUAAGAGCCAUUUUUGGUUCCUCUUUUUUUUCUCUCUCUCUCCCCCCUCCGCCCCCCUCCCACCACCACACACAGGUUUGUGUACGUCGCGUUUUCCGUCCAUUUUGAAACGCAGAGGACGUCGCUCGACGCAGGACAUGUUUCCCCCUCGUGCUCGGCUCGUCAGAAUCGAAACGAGUUUUUGAAGACUUACGGUAAUCCUUUGCCGCGUGAAGGAUCGAGAUCAGCCCGCCGUCGCUCGACUCACCCGGACAUCAUGUCCUAAAAGACAUGAUUUCACCCCCCGUUCUGGACUUAACGGACCGUCAAGGAUCGUAGAGUCACGCCGCGUUUUAUAUAGAGAGAGAGAAUCGGCCACAAGCAAGGAAUUCUGGGAAACGUCGUUGGCCGUGAUCGAAGGAAGUUGGGAUCCUGGAAUUCCUAAGGAAGGUAGUGAUGGGAAACGUGGCCGGCGGUUUGGAACAGCCUGAGGGCACGGAGGCUGGGGUCCACCCCACAAUGGGUACCAUUAAGAAGAAAACGCCGACUCCCAAACUGCCCAUACCUCCCGACGACGAGCUGGAGGAGCGCUUCAACGUGGUGCUGAGCUCCAUGAACCUGCCUCCUGAUAAGAUGACGCUUCUUAGUCAGUACGAUAACGAAAAGAAAUGGGAACUGGUCUGUGAUCAGGAGCGUUUCCAGGUGAAGAACCCACCAUCUGCAUAUCUGAACAAGAUCAAGAGUUUCUACCAGGACCAGGGAGGAGUGGCACGCAGGUUUAAGAGGCGCAUUCAGGAGUCCACCCAGGUCCUGAGAGAACUCGAGAUCUCCUUGAGGACCAAUCACAUUGGAUGGGCUCAGGAGUUUCUGAGUGAAGAGAACCAGGGUUUGGAUGUCCUGGUGGAUUAUCUGUCCUACGCUCAGAGCGAUGCACCGUUUGAGGUGGAGUCAGUGGAGAAUGGAGGUUCUGUUACAGAUAACAGGAAGAUGUCGGAGAGAUCUGUCGAGGAUCUAACCAAAAACACCACACACUCGGCGACACAAAACAUGACCCGGGCUGCUCGCGCUCUCACCGUCCGAUGGACUAAUCUGACGAAGGGCAGGGGAUCUCUGAGAAAUCGCUUAAGCCAAAGAGACGAUGUCCAUGUUUGCAUAAUGUGUUUACGAGCUAUCAUGAAUUAUCAGUCUGGCUUCAACCUUGUGAUGAGCCACCCUCGCUGUGUGAACGAAAUCACGCUCAGUCUGAACAACAGGAACCCCAGGACAAAAGCCCUGGUGUUGGAGCUGUUGGCCGCUGUGUGUCUCGUUAGAGGUGGACAUGACAUCAUUAUCUCAGCCUUUAAUAACUUUAAAGAAGUGAGUGGAGAGAAGAACCGGUUUGAGAAGCUAAUGGAGUAUUUCAGCAGUGACGACAGCAACAUUGACUUCAUGGUGGCAUGUAUGCAGUUCAUAAACAUCGUGGUUCACUCGGUGGAAAACAUGAACUUCCGGGUACACCUUCAGUACGAGUUCACACAGCUCGGCCUCGAUCAGUAUUUAGAAUCCCUGAAGCUGACAGAGAGCGAGAAGUUGCAGGUCCAGAUCCAGGCGUAUCUGGAUAACGUGUUCGAUGUGGGCGCUUUGCUCGAGGACGCAGAGAGUAAAGGAGGACUGGCGGAACAAUUGGAUGACUUACAGGAACACAAUGCACAUCUGAGUGCUAAGCUACGGGAGUAUGAGAAUGGAACGCUGGAGAAAGUUGAACUCGAGCAGCAGCUCAUGCAGGUCACUAAAGAGUCAGCGAUACUCAAGGAGAGCUUGCGGGAGUCGUGCGCUCAGGUCAGCGCCUUGCAGCAGCGUGAGCGUGAGCGAGAGAUCCAGAGAGAAAGAGAGAAGGAGCAGGAGCGGAUAUCUCAUCCGUCCCAGCUAGGACGAGAGAAGAGCAGAGACACCGAGGAGCAGAGGGACAGCAAGCUGGAGGUGAAACUGAGGGAGCUGCAGGAUAAAGGUUUGGUGCGGCUCGAGAGGACGGCCUCGGGAUCUCUGGACAUCGAGGUCAUCCCCGUGACUGUGGUGCAGACCAUCCCUGCUGCUGUCACGGAAACAGACUCGGCACCAGCCAAUCAGGCCGCUCCCUCGGCAGCUCCUCCCCCUCCUCCUCCUCCUCCUCCACUGCCCGGCGAAGAACCUUCUUCUGCUACUUCCGUCGUGCCUCCACCCCCACCACCGCCACCUCCUCCUCCAGGGUGUGGAGUCCCACCUCCACCACCACCUCCUCCUCCUCCAGGUGGAGGCCCGCCUCCUCCCCCGCCCCCUCCUGGGUGUGGCCCGCCUCCUCCUCCUGGAGCUGCUCCCGAACCAGAAACAGUGAAGAGUAGAAAGCCGAUCCAGACGAAGUUCCGCAUGCCUCAGCUCAACUGGCAGGCUCUGAAACCCAACCAGGUGGAAGGAACAGUGUUUAAAGAGCUGGAUGAUGAGCAUCUGUUACAGGAGUUGAACAUGGACAUAUUUGCGGAGCAGUUCAAGACGAAGGCGCAGGGUGGUCCAUCUGAUCUCUCUAAGCUGAAGGUGAAGGCUUCAAAACCUCCCACGAAAGUUUCUCUCCUGGAGGCCAACAAGGCCAAGAACCUCGCCAUCACCCUGCGUAAGGCAGGCAUGAGUCCUGCUGAUAUCUGCACCGCCAUCCAGACGUAUGAUCAGCAGGCCCUGAGCCUGGACUUCCUGGAGCUGCUGGAGCGCUUCAUCCCAUCUGAUUACGAGAUGAAGCUGCUCCAGAACUACGUGAAGGAGGGACGUUCUCUGGAGGACCUGCCCGAGGAGGACCGCUUUAUCAUGAACUUCGGUAAAAUCCCGCGCCUCGCUCAGCGAAUCAGCACGCUCACCUUCAUGGGCAACUUCUCCGACAUGGUCAAACGCCUGCAGCCGCAACUGAACUCCAUCAUCGCGGCCUCCAUGUCCCUGAAGUCUUCCACCAAGCUGAAGAAGAUCUUAGAGAUCAUUCUGGCUUUCGGGAACUACAUGAACAGCAGUAAGAGAGGCGCGGCUUACGGUUUCCGUUUGCAGAGUCUCGAUCUGCUCUUAGACACAAAGUCCACAGACCGCUCACAGACUCUGCUGCACUUCAUAACUAGCAUGGUGCAGGAGAAAUACCCCGAGCUGGCCUCCUUCCACAGCGAGCUGCACUUCAUCGACAAGGCUGCCCUGGUGUCCCUGGAUGGCGUGCUGCAGGACGUGCGUGCUUUAGAGAGAGGGAUGGAGGGGACCAAGAAGGAGUUCAUGGUGCAGGAUGACAUCGUAGCGCUGAAGGAGUUCGUUAAGGUCAACAGCGCGCUGCUGGACUCGCUCGUUAAAGACGGCAAGACGGCGCAGGAGGCGUAUGUUUCCGUAGUGGAGUAUUUUGGCGAGAACCCGAAGACCACACAGCCUUCCCAGUUCUUCCCUCUGUUUGUCAGAUUCGUUAAAGCCUACAAGCGAGCGGAGCAGGACAACGAGCAGAGGAAGAAGAAGGAGAUGGCGGCCGAAGAGCAGGCCACGCCCUCGCCGAAGAAGACAGACAUCACGCCCUCGCCGCAGAAGGGUCCCAUGAUGCCCAAGAUGCCUCAGAUGGAUCUGAUAGCGGAGCUGAAGAAGAGGCAGGUGAAGCCGCAGGUCACCGACGGAGCCAUCGAGGACAUCAUCACAGAUUUGAGAAAUUGUCCGUACCGGAGAACAGACGGCCGAAGACCGGCGCAGCGGCAAGAAAAUUAACCUGCUCGUUAUUUAAACAGAACUUCCUACAUAGUGCUAUAAUCUGUAUUAGGCUUAUUCGAUAUACUGAAGACACAUGCACACAACAAAUCUCCAAAUGCAUACACACAACUGAUAUGGUGCGCACGGUUACACACAAAUACACACUAACAGACACACACACACACACACCAUACACACACUCACACGUUCUUACUUAUCCCUUUUUACUUUUAUUCCCUAUAAACAGCUGUAUAUAAAUAGGACUGAUUACGAACCGUUUUACACCUUCCGCCAUGAUGCUUUUGGAUUUAAAAAGAGCUACAGUGACUUUUACGUAUUUGUUUAUAUAUAUAUAUAAAAAAAAAUUAAUAAAAAGAAAAGGAAAAAAAAGUGUUUUAACAAAGAUCAACGUAACAGAAGUCACAGUAGCCGUGAAUGUCUAUUCUAAAUCAAUAAAAACAAACAAACAAAACAACCUACAUCCAAUAAUACUGUUUAAACGUGGCAUUUCUUUACCGCACACGAAGCUAUCGAAACGUUUCGGAUCGCUGCGUGCUUGGCAUCACGGAGAACACGAGGAACUGUAGAGAUACACACCGGGCCCGAGGUAUAAAAUAUAAAACAGAUGGAGCUUUCCGGCACAAUAAUAAGUGCAAGCGUACAUACGGUCCACGCUGCAGUCUCCGGUUUAAGCUCCGUGUAAAACAUGUCGUCUGAACCGAAGUGAAAUCCACGCUGUGAAACAGCAUACAAGUGACUGAGCUGUUCUAGAUGAAGAUCUAAGAUCCUCUAGACGUGUCCGCUAUCUUGAGAAACAUUAUAGGAAUAAUAAUAAUAAUAAUAAUAAUCGUGGGGGUGUAAACUUUUGAACAGGAUGAUCGGUGCAAAUUGUGAGCGUAUAGUCUUCUGGUAGACAUGUCUGAAGGGCUGUACUAAAUGAAUAAUAAUAAUAAUAAUAAAAGAUCUUUAAAGAAAAGAAUCAUUUACACCGAUCAUCCUGUUCAAAAGUUUACACCCCCUCGCCAUGGCUCUUAAUGUAUGCUGUUGCCUUCUUGAGCAUCAGUGAACGUUUGCACCUUUCGUAAUAGUCGCGUAUGAGACGAGUCCCUCGGUCGUCCCCGGUGUGGAAAGACAGAUCUCGACAUCAUAUGACCGGUGGAAAGGGCUCAAAUACGCAGGAGAUGCUGGAAAAGUAUAAAGAAUGUGCCGGACCUGGAGGAUUUUUUUCUGAAGAUCGGUGGGUAGUUUAAGUGCUCAGGAUAAACAAGGGACGCGUGAAGAACUCUCACAGAACAUAAACACAGUCGUGGAUCACCCAGGUAACGACACGAGGGUGUGUAAACUUUUGAACAGGCUAUUUUUUUUUAUUAUUAUAUAAAUUCAGCUAUUGUCUUGUGGACUAUAUGUAAACAUCUGUUAUGUGAAACAGCGUGUUCAGGACAGAACUAAAUAAACAACAACAUGGGAUUUUUUCGA